AUGGAAGAAGAGACGGAGGAGGACGAGAACCUGCCACCGGGGGAAGAGCAGGGGAUGCGGGACAGCCUGCUAGGGGGAACCCCGGAAGGGGCGCCGAUGCCCGCUGAAGUGCCCUCACCUGGCGACCGGGAGCAGGAAGUGCGGAGCAGAGUGCCUGAGGGGGGCUUCGGAUGGGUGGUGGUGCUGGCGGCCACCUGGUGCCAGGGCUCCAUCUUCGGCAUCCAGAACUCAUUCGGGAUGCUGUACGUUAUGCUGCAGACCGAGAUGGACGGCAGCCAGCAGCAUGGCGUGGACUUCAAGACAGCUUGGGUCGGAGCUCUUGCCAUGGGAAUGAUCUUCUUCUGCUCCCCAGUUGUGAGCAUCUUCACAGAUAGGCUGGGAUGUCAAAAGACCUCAUCUGGAGGAGCCGCUUUGGCUUUCAUUGGAUUAUUGUCAAGUUCAUUCACCAAAUCUCUUGGUGUCCGAUAUUUUACGUAUGGGAUACUCUUUGGAUGUGGCAGUUCUUUUGCUUUCCAGCCCUCAUUGGUUAUACUUGGUCAUUACUUCAAGAAGCGUCUUGGUCUUGCCAAUGGCAUUGUGGCCGGGGGAGGCUGCAUCUUCACAUUAUGCUUUCCUUUCUUGCUGAAGACCAUGGGAACAGCCAUCGGCUUGGCACAUACAUUUCAAGUGCUCAGUGUUUUCAUGUUCAUUCAAAUUUUCCUCUCUCUGACCUUCAAGCCACUUCUGCCAACACCGGUAGAUGUUAAAGAGAAAGAGAAUUUGGCAGGCAGAAGUAAGACCCAGCAGUGUCUGGCACAUACCCGGAAGUAUUUUAACAUGCAAGUAUUCCAGAAGAAGACCUACAGAAUCUGGGCUUGUGGUAUUGCUACAACAGUUUUGGGAUAUUUUGUUCCAUAUGUACAUCUGAUAAAGUUUGUGGAGCAGAGAUUUAAGGAUAACACCAUGGAAUGGAUACUGUUGGUGUGCAUUGGGGGAGCAUCUAGCAUUGGGCGUCUUGUAUCUGGUAAAAUUGGGGACUGUAUUCCUGGUUUGAAGAAGAUUUACUUGCAGGUGGUCUCCUUUGUUUUGCUGGGCAUUUUGAGUAUGAUGCUGCCACAAUGCCAAGUAUUUGUAAGCGUCAUUGUUGUAUGCCUGUGCCUUGGCUUGUCCGAUGGUUUUCUUAUUAGUAUGAUGAGCCCUAUUGCUUUUGAGUUGGUGGGUCCAAUGCAAGCAUCACAAGCUAUUGGUUAUACCAUGGGGCUGAUGUCCAUUCCAAUGACAGCUGGACCUCCUAUAGCAGGACUGCUCCGGGAUCAUUUUGGCAAUUAUGACCUGGCAUUUUAUCUGGCUGGAAUCCCCCCUCUGAUUGGAGCUCUGGUUCUUCUGUCUGUUCCCCUGCUCCAUGAGAGAAACCUGAAGAAGACCGCACAGCUUGAGGCAGGAAAAGAGAAGACACAAGAUGGCAUGGUGAAUGGAGAACUUCUUCCUGGAUGCCCUGUGACUGAUGCUCGUGUUUAGAUUGCUUCUAAUGAUUCAGCACCCACAGGGCACAAGACCUGUUACAUGGCACCUCUGGGUAGAAACAUAUUUUAGUCGGUUUCAAGACAAGUUAGGGUGCUGAUAUUACAGCAUUGCUCCGAGUUGCAUUUCAGCCUGGAAGAGUCUCAGAAUCGAGCAUGGUAUUGUUAGGGAGCCAUAUAGUUGAUCUGAUGUUAUACAAGGCUCACUAGAGAUGCGAUCUUAUGUUUGUACACUUACAUGACGGAGGGAUCUUGGCAAUGCCGAUUUAUUGGCUACAGGAUUAAUCGAGGUGACCCUUUUAUGAAGGUAUAUGUUUUAUGUCAUUCCUCAACUACUUUAAACGUUCCUAAGUGUGAAAGAGACCUGAUCAUGCUGUGUGUUCUGUCCUCACAGACUUCAGUUUGGUUGAAUGCUUACUUGUCUUAUGUUUUCUAUUGUUAAUCACUGACGAGACACACGUGAGUUGACAGAUGACUAAGUCACAACUUUUACCACUUUCAAGUGUAAUGUUAAAAUUUGCAAUGUGCGAUUUUGUUAAUUGGCCUCAUCCCCUCUUGUAAUCUAGAGAAGAAACAGAUUUUCGUUGUGACAUCAGGGCUGGCAACAUACACAACACAUGUUUUAAAUGAAGCAAAUAGGUAAAACCCAAGAAAGAUAGAAUUCUCAGUCAUAAUACCUUGGAGAACAUUUACUAAUGUUUCUUUCCUGACUGAUCUCACACAUUUCCUUAGUGUUUUCUUAUAUGCAUUAUGCGACUUCUUCUCUUCAACAUGCCAUUUAAGCUUAUCCACACCGCUAACCUUUCUGUUAAAACGUUAAAAAGGUAAGCCAUCCAUACGGAUUCCAGAAGAAGACCAGGCAUAGCUUAGGCUUGUCCAAUCUUCCUUUACUAAGGCCUGCAUCAUCCUACAAAAUAAAGUGAAGCUGUCGGUGGGGAAUGGGGAGCAACUAGCUUCAUGGGUGUAGGGUGCAGUAGAAGGAACCAUGGGUUCAUAAAGAACCUGUGCUUGAGCCUAAAAGCAGUAUAACAUGCAUGAAAAGAACAUUGGUAAGUCUACCUGUGGUUGAAUGAAUUGUAUAGAUUACAAUACUGAUUUUAAGUCGGGGCUGUGGUAUUGGCCAGGGCUUUACGAAGCCAAAAACUGUAGGCUUACAAGAUUAAGGAGUGUAACUAUGCUGUCUAGUGAAGUGCCCAUUAACAGCUAACACAUGAUUAUAUUUUAUGGCCUAUUAUCUUAGCCAUGAAUAACAAUAUUACAUGCACCAUUAUAGGAGUUUGUAGUGGCAUCUGUCCAUGUUCAAUAAUUGUUAUACAAAUGUAUUAAUCAUACAUGGUAUAUCAAUCAAAGACAUUGUGGACCUAUGUGUCCAAGAAUAAUCUCACAGCACAAUAAUUAUUUUUUAAAUUCAGGGUAAUGAAGUCAUAGACCAGUGACUAUUCAGAUCAGCCACUGUAAGGAGUGAAAUGGAAGUGAUCAGGAAGACAUGUUCUAAACAGAACAUGUGGACAGAUGGAUGCUAUGAUCACGAUCAGUGACAUACGUCCAAGCCUAGGUCUCCUUCGUUCCUACCUUGUGAAGGUUGGCAGAAAAGAACAUUUCUAAACGGACUAAAAAUAACCAUUUACUUGCUUGUGUAGCCCUGAGAUUUCCAGGAUUCUAAUGCUGACUAUCCUCUGGAUAGGCCAUCAAUAUCUGACCUGCACCGCCACGAUCAACUGUUUCAGAGUAGCUCCGGUGCUGAAGGUACGCAGAGCGGUGGAUGGAGCUGGUAACUGCAGUGCUGCUCCCAUUCUUUUCUGUGGGGGUAGUGCUGCAGUCACAAUGGAUGAACUAGCUGAUCAGAUAUUAAGGAUAGGCCAUCCGUAUUAAAAUACUGGAUAACCACUUUAAGUUCUGCUUCCUUCUCUAGAAUACCAGUCUAGCGGUGUCCAUUUUAAUUAGACCCGAAUCACUAUGUGGAAACUGAAUGUCAUCAUUGUUAUGCUCAUUCACUUAUCUGUGCACAGUCGAUAGCUUUGUGUUGUGACAUUCUGGUUGGUUAUGUGAUGAGAAACGCUUUGUCUACUUCUAUUUUUUGCACAAAAUCCAACGAUAUUGUACUACUAAGGUAUGUGAGAGAAAGUGUGUAUGUGUGUGUCUCCUGUAGGUUUAUACCUCUUGUACAAUGUAUAACUGUGUCUGCUAUAGUCUGACCUUUUCAGCAGCGGUCUGUCUGAGACUCUGGUCUGUUAAUUAGUCCAACAUAUAUAUUUUUUAAUAAGGUGUAAGGUUAUGUCCUAAAUAGCUCGUCAGAUAGUGACAUUAUUUAGUAGCACUGUAUACAGUGCCAAUAUAAUCCACAAUUAGGAAGAUUAAACUAUAUGUGUACAUUGGGGCAGAUUUUAUAAUGUAAUUGCACCUAGAACCUGUUGGAAAAUGCUUCAAACCUUCCGGAGCAUAAUGUUGCAUCACAUUUUAGACCCAUUUAUGCCAAAGAGAAUAACUGACUGCACCUUGCUUGCCUGGUUUGGAUCUCUAGCUCAGCGAAGGGGCAGC